AUGCAAGGAGAUAUUUUCCAGAUGGAACAGUUAGCCACCCGGUCUCACGUCACGACAUUCGAACCAAACUCCGUCCGAGUAGAUAGCAACCCUAACGCCGAGGUUGCUAUCUACAACGAAGACGACCUCUCCCAUCUCCUCUAUGUGAACCAUUUACACCACGCCGGUCACAAAGACAAGGUCAUCAUCAACCAUGUCUAUCGGGACGGCUAUACCACGCCUUUGGAGUCCCAGCCAUCGGGCGUCCAGACACCCGAAACAGAAACCAACGAAACCCCAGUCCUUAGCGACUGCGAGUCUGACUUCGACGAAGGUGUGUACUUUCCGCCCUCGUCGGAUAUAUAUUAUCGAAGGAGUCCACUAAGAUUCGAAGACGGCUUUGAAUUCCCCGUCUUCCUUGGGAGGCAAGCGGAGGAGGAGGAGUCCUACAAGACUGUCGUUGAGCCUUCAGAGCGAUCCGACCUCGACAGCCAAAAUAAUCAUGUCCGGAUAGCUGCAUUAGAAGAAAGUCAUGCAUUGGAGAUUUCCGGGCCGUUGAUGUCCUGGUGGCCCGAACCAAUCGAGCUGAUGGAACAUGAAUGGAUCGACGAGAAGGUCGCCAGCGACAGUUCUAAUGUGAUGUCGACGGGUCGUCAGGUAUCAAGUAUCGAAGGACCUCUGAUGUCGUGGUGGCCGGCCCCGGUGGAAUUACUAGAACAUGAAUGGGACGAACGAUUUUAUGAAUGA